AUGGUCACUAAGAAGAGGUUCAGUCGCCAUGAAACUGAAAAAAGUAUGCCCACUUUUUAUUAUUUAUCUUCCAUCUAGCGAAAAAAGAAUCUGGUGCACCUCCCCCGAAGGGCCUACGUAACCUUGGCAACACGUGCUAUUUAAAUUCUGCACUACAGUGCAUUUGUCGUGUUUCCGCUCUCCGUCAUCUUCUGAAUUCUGUACUUGAGAAAGAAUUUUCCGCUACUGUAAAACAGUUCAACGACAAUGUAACUUCGUUCGCCCUGGGAGUAUUUACUGUUUGCGGUUUAGGGCUGGACGAAUUCCCUGCAGUUGUAUGUUCCAUCACUUCAUUCGCCCCUUACGAAGGCCUUUAUUGCCUUCACGGAUGAUGCGCGCGAAGGUACGCGGCAGAUUAUUAGCCCAGCGGUAAGCCUUUGCGGUUUCUUUUAUGACAAUAAUAUGUUAUAUUUCAUGUAUGUAAUUUUGUUUGCCAGAUUGCAGGCAAUAGUUUGUUCUGGUCAUCAUUAAUACUUUCUGUAGUAUCAACACAUUUUGCCCUCCAUUAUUGUAGAAUUGUAAACUCAUAUGCGCUUGUGUACUAUCACUUAGUAUUGUUGCACUUUGUUAGUUUUAUGUUAUUCACUUUUUUCCUGUUUCAGCCACUCAGGGAUCUUCUAAUACGCCAGUACCCGAGGUUUGAAGGGUUUGAACAGCAAGACAGUCACGAGGUUCUUCGUUGCCUUCUCGAUGGCCUUCGGCAGGAGGAGGUCAAGCGGUGGCAGAAAGCCGUUUUGACAACUCUGAAAAUUAAUCCUAAAGUAAGAUCUUAGAUUUUUACUUGUUUUUUUUUCUUGUUUUUGUCCUGGUGUUUUCGGUGUCUUCUGAAGGAGGCGUCCUCCCAGUUUGUUAUUGUCAGGUAUGAGGGUCUUUUGGGUUGCAAGUGAGUAGUAGUCGAGCCGACAUCGAUAUCGCUACCAUUAAGUUGGUCAGUGUAUCAGUUCCCUUAAUCAGUUUAUAGUGUCAUCUUGCUUAAUUUGUGUCGUCUCUUGCCGUGAGUUCGUCUUGCGUGUGCUUGACGUUUCGAUUAACUAUUUGCGUCAACUUAGGCGCUCAGUGAGAAGUUGCGAAUUAUAAUUCUCAUCGCUGAAGUAAGCUAGACACGAAAACUUGGUGUGCGCAUUCGGUCGCCACAAUCUGCGUGUUGAAUGCUGCGCGCAUGUCAUCCGCUCACUAAUUCACAUGUCUAACCUCUCACAAAUUUCACAAUUGUAACUUUUAAAUAAUUGACUUGUUCUAGCCGAUCCACAUUUGAAGAAUGCUGAAAUUCCGGUAGGCCGAUACUCACUGCUCCGUGCGAACUCCCUUUUGUCAUCGCGAAGAUAUAAUCUUUGUGCAAGUAUAGAGGAAAAGAGCUCUUCUUUCACCUCCUAUACUAUUUGAGACGCUGGACAGUCGGCGCCGACUGAGCAACCAUGUUUCUUAACACCUUUCGACACCUCGUCUGAUGUGGCAUGUCGUGGCCACUGUUUUAUCUCCCGUUCAAGCUACCUGGCGUUGAGACUGAUCGCAUCUUAGAUUCAAUUAUAGUUCAGUUCUUACCAGGUUCUUACUGCUGACAUUGAGGUUUGGACGGGGGAUUAGGCCUUGAAUCUCUGGAAUCAGGUGGUUGGCUGUUGUAUACUGUCAGAUUCCUAUUGAUCCACCAAAAAGUGUAACUUGACUGUUGUAAGCUAACUUUUUUAAAUGGAACUUACAUGAUUUUAAGCACUCCAGUGUAGCAAAAUAAGGAGUAAACUUCAAAAUAUAGUCGAAGGAUGAAGGAGCCCGUGCUAAAAAUUCCUCGUGGCGACGCCCACAGCUUUGGUUAGAGGAACUUUGGUACAGUUCCGUUGCAUACAGAAUACUCUCAACCGCUGCUUCGGCGCGGACGAUUUCUGUCGAAAUCUGUAUUCGGGUUAUCGGAGAGCAUUAAAAUCACUGAUGGUUCACGUCCACCCUAGGACGCAUCUUGCCACUUCUCAGAAAAAUUAGAUGACGUUUUUUUCGUUCCAAUGUGCGUUGUUUUAAAUUUUUGCAGUAUUAGACCACCCCGAUCACUAUAUGUGGUUGGGGAGUUUGCUGCUGUAAGUGCUCUUGUCGGUCGUCAACACCCCUGUCUGUCUUCUGUGUUCAAUAGUUGUAAAAUACUUGGGGAUCUGUGGGGUCCAAGUCCUUAUGAUAGGCCGAAUAACCUCCGUGCCUACUGCCCCCUUCUCGUUUCCAAGCUAGUUUUCAUUGGCGUUCUAACUGUCAUCACCAGAAGGCAGGGAAAUGAAUGAAAUUCGUGCCAAGUCAAAGGACUAUCAAUGCGCUCCUUCACCGCGCAGCGAUAUAACAAUGUUGACCCGCAAAAUGAACCGCGCCUACACCUAAGAGGGGAUGGGAGGAUCGAACCUCUGUGUAGCACGCGUUAGAUGUCAGCUUUAUGCCUCCUCGUGUGCUGCGCCCAAUUUCGCCCCAUGUCGUCUUAACUCAGACAUGCUGCUUACUGUUUUCAAGCAGAAGACUUAUGCCCGCGGCCCCAUCAGCCGCUGACGAAUUUGCCUGGAACGCCUGUGGUGGCUUGGUAGACCGUUGCUUAUCUGACUUCGAAAGCUCCAGCCAAUCCAGCACAUCGGUCUGCGUUUCCCGGAUUGUGCUGAACGGCGUUUGAAGUUGGCCACAGUGGGCGCUGUACUCAAACAGGCGUCAGACUGGACUGCAGCCUACAUUUAUCGUGUUGCGCUGUCGUACAUGCCCGUGUCACACGUUGGACUUCACGACUGCCUUUGCGCCCAGUUGGUUGAGAGGCAUGGAUAGUCUAUUAGCGUAUAGGAGGAGGAAGAGUAAGACCGACGCGUGGAUCUAUCACAACGCACGGGCAGUCGUGGUUGUCGAUCUUUCUCAGGACUGAAGGUCAGGCUGCAAUAGGUCCCUCUUAAUGCGGCCUGUAUGGUGCUUUCAUUGAUGUGUAGCGGGGCAAAUUCAUGUAAGACAAGCGCAUAGGGGCUGUUUGGAUUUGUCACUUAUUGUGUCCGCGUCCACCUGUGUUUGUCUUGACGGAGAUUUAGGGUGCGCAGAGAGUGCAGCAGAUGCCGCGAAAGUCUGCCUCGCUAUAAACUAAUUCCUGUGCAAUUCACCGGUGGUCGGUGUCGGUUGCGACAGACGAAUUACUAAUCUGACAACUGUUGUAUGUCAGUCUGUCUGUAACCCUGCACUAGGGAAGUAGGCAAUAGGAAGUGCAGUGCCCCUUUUAUGCAGAAGGGUGUAUUAGUUUCAAAUAUCUCAACUUUUCGACUAUUUUUUGUACUUUUUAUCAUCAACGCUUGAAUGGAUGAAAGAGCAAGGCCAUGAUAAGGAAAUCAAGCAGACUUGCGGCAGCAACAAAUUAAUUGCGGAGGAGUAUUACUAUCAGUAAUUUUUCUUACAAAUGAAGGCACGAAGUGACAGUUAGACACGGCUAUAUGCAGUCCGCUGGGGCAUAAUACUGGGGGCAGCUCUUAAACUGCACUCAAUUCUUAUUAUUAACGUUUGGAAGGUGGAAAAUAUGCGUUUCAAGCGAAAAUCACAAUUCAAAUUAGACCGCCAUCACGAUAAAUGUUCAUUCUGCCAAGAAAACUCUUCACGUGCGUUUCAGCAUAAAAGUCUGCGUAUAGCUGUUGGGGAGUCGUCCCAUGUGGGGAUCAAGUUGUAUUUUGAGUAACUCAGUAGUUCCCUUAAGUCCGAAAUUUUUUCUGGCAAAAAGUUGUGUAUGUGAAUGCAAUACAUCCCGUAUUCCACCAUGUAAUAUCGACCCCGGAUUGCAGUUGGUCCCACCACAUGCGUAGGCGUGUAUCAAAUGUGUUCUGUUUCCUGUUGGAAAACUGGUGCAGUCAUGAGUGCGUGUGAUGUUUUUUCAUCAUUUAUCACACGAAAUCGCACGCGCAAAAUGUUCCUUAAUCAAGGCCUGCUGGAAAAAGCAUCGUCUCACAUAUGGGCGAGCUAACGUCUUGCUUUGGAACACUUUUAACCCAUUGGUAUAAAUAGCUAAAAAGACGAGAGAGGUCUUGAAUAUAGUUUUUCUAGUCUUUUUAAUACCCUGCUUUCAAACCUUUACCCUUGCUUCUUCAAAAAGCUGUUUAAAGAACCUUUAUAUUUGCUAAUAGAGGCGAAGAGGCGAGUUCAAGAAAGUAGUCGCAGAGAGGGAGACACGAUCGCCGUAGCGAGAGAGAAUCUGUCUCGGAUGAUGGAUUCGAGUGAAAACUCGAAAAGUUAGGCUAAUAAAGCUCUUGUUCCAGCGAUCUUGCCUACUUCUUCGCAACCUUAAUAUUUCGUAAUGUCUUUGAAGAACUGCCGUCAUUUUUAAGUGAAACGCUUUUCUUAAAUUCUGGGCUUGGCAAGACUAUUAGUUUAGACGACGAUGACGGCGGCCUACGGCCGCUCGGGCAACAAAACCAACCACCAGACGAACACUCAUACGUGAAAAAUGUGUCUGAACUAGUCGAAAGACAAUUUUAAAAAUACUAGGUACACGUAGCACACCAGCCGGCAACUGCAGAAUAUCGGUGAAACGGCCAUAUUUUUGGCCGUUCUUUCACCAAACGUCGGCUCGGUCCGGGCGCUUCCAUACAUCGACGACGUUUCUGAGGCGGUCUCCCGUCUCUUAAGACCGCUGGGGAUCGGCAUCGCCCACCGGCCGGAGUCAAUAAUUCGACAUCUGGUCAUGAGACCUAAGGCCCCUCUUCCACCAGGUGAAACCACGAACGUCAUCUACCGGAUCCAGUGUAACUCCUGCGAAGCCAACUACAUUGGGGAGACGGGCAAAUGACUACAGACCCGUGUUGGAGAACACAUGAGGGCAGUAAGGCGAAUGGACCCUUUGUCUCUAGUGCCGAACACUGCGCCGAUUCCGGACACACGCUCGCCUUUCAGCAUGUCAAAAUUCUGGGCCGAGGAAGCGACCGCAUAGCCAGGGAAACAAUCGAGGCUUGGCACACGGGGACACCCUCCAUCAACCGUUGUGUGGCUCUUCCCGCUGCCUACCAAGCCCUUCGGGCGCAGCUCAGUAAACAAAUGAGCAGACGUGAACCCAGGCUAAACAUGAAUCCAGACAUGUGCGAGUCCAUGGCGGAUGCACACGCAGUCACCCCUCAACCUGGUUCCGACGAAGGCACAGUCGUCACCAUAGCCGUUCCAUCUACUAGUCCGGCGGACGAGAAAACGGACAGUCGUUGCGGCGUAAACAAGAUUGCCAGCCUUGGACGACAGUUAAGGUCAAUGAAGGUACGACGACGACCACCAACGUCUCAACGCCGGCCCCCGAUGUAGAUUGAGUACUUUCUGUCACCCCCCUCCCCCCUGUCCACUACAGUCCCUGUGUGCAGGCGCUGGUGACCACUAAAGCUGAUCCAACCCCCCCUCCCCUUCAUCCGGUAAGAAGACGCUCUAGGACUCCCUCCCCGCCCCAUCCUCCCUGCCGCCCUGACUUCGUAUGUAAGAAAAAAAACCCGUCUUGACAUGACUGUCACCCACCUAUAAAUACUGUGAAGCGCGAUACCACACUCACCUCUGACGAUGGAAGCUUGUAUGCAUUUGAAACGUCAGGACAGUAAAACUAUGGUUCCCGAGAUCACCUUUUCUUCUCAUAUAUAUAUAUAUAUAUAUAUCGUAGACAGAACGUUCAUUGAUCAGGUUGUGGGAUAUGCUAAUUCUGUUGUGCCUUGAGGCUCAAUCUAGAGCCCUCGCAAGCCGUCGCAGGUUCGACCGAAAACAUACCUAUGACCCAGUGAUAACGUUGAAUACCAAACACUUAAUGACUGCAAGAUCCCUGGUCCCGAAACUCUGGGAUCGGGGGUGACUGGCUGACCUCACCUGUCUCCUUUUUCCUGCCCGCACUCCCUUUCAUCCGAUAUAGUUAUAUAUGCAUCCUUCCCUCACUCCCAAGCGUACAUCUCUCUCCCUUUAGGAAGCAGAUGAGAAGUCCAAGGCUGAAAUCAAGGCUUGGGGCCGGUCUCUCAGUCUCUGCACCACGAUUGAUCGUAUCUUCGGUGGUGUCCUCCUCACCUCGCUUACUUGCUGUGAAUGCCACACAGUUCGGUCCAACUUUGAAAUUUUUCUUGAUCUCUCGCUGCCCAUCUUAGAGGAGUCUACACGUACUCCUCCGCACACCGCCAGGAAGUCGAGCAGGACAGAUGCCUCAGCAUCAGACCAAAAACGAGACUCAUCCAGUACGUGGCACGCGUGGAAACUGUUUUUUUUUCCAGUGCACCCCUCCUCUCCUCAUUAGUUACGUGUUCUCGGACUUUCCAGUAGCCCACGAUGAGAGGAGAGUGAGCUCGAUCCAAAUUUCAUUCAGCGCUUAAUUCCCUCGCAUGACCAAUCAGCACGAGUGUGGCAUGCGCAGACUUGACUGUAGCCUCGUCAGCAACUGUGAAAGCUCCUCUUACCGAUUGUCAUGUUUUCGUCUUCCCAUUGGAAAGUGGCGGACGUGGGAACAGCGCGAAAGUCUGUUUCAUCGUGGACAUAUUCAUGUGCAGUUCACCAGUUCGGAACAGUGGUAGAUCUCGUCGUUUAGGGUGGCCGACCUGAUGUUGCACGAUUCCCAAUCGAAGGGAAUUGUCGCUGUUCCAUAGUGCUCAUAGUGAUGAUUUUUCGUGAACCCCUUUAUAUUCUGGUAGACUUUCCCCGCAUCUACCUCACUCACCCUUCCUACGCCUACCAUGUUCCAAUCAUCGUCCUGAUCCCCACGACUGGGUGUGUGGGCGACUCCGAAGCCAAACGUACUGUCCAUGUGUGUCAUAGACAACCUGGCCCCCAGCUCCUAAAAGACGAGAGAUUACUAGGUCUCACAUAAAUUGGCUUAACACGGGGACCGAAUUUCAAUCUGACCCUCGGUCAUGACCAGAACACAGGUACCUUGUCACGUGACUGUUAGCGCUUUAUGAUGAUAUGAAUGUGCGUUUUGUAGUUUGCAGUGAAGGACUAAGCUCUGUGCCCCCGCCUACCAGCGGGAUAUCCCAGCUAAGCCUGCCACAGAGAGAGGUUAGAUUGGACGCAUUGGGUGGCCUAGCAUGUACCUGCGUCUAACGCCUGCUGUCUGUGUGGUGGAUGAUGUAGUUAUCGCCUUCGUAUGUGCGCACAUGACUGAAAUAAGCCCGCAUGUUGUCCUCUUAUUUGGCGGACAGUCAUGUCUACGCAUUGCGGCAAUUCAGAUGCACAUAGAACCGGCACUGCGCCAAAGGCGGCACUCUGUUUGUGAUUGGUAGAAGGAAGCAACGUGCCUAUAUCCGGCCUACGGCUACAUCGUAAGCUCCAUCCACUGCGCCCUCACAUCAGAGUCACAAAAACUGGACCAGUAGGCGGCUGGGCGUGGAUGUUGUCCGAGCGAUUGGUUGUGGUAGCAGGAGAGAACAUUGGACAUUAUCAUACUGAUAGAAGCGAACAGGCGACAUCCAGGUGGCAGUUCCCAAGACGAAGAUGUGGUCACUGGAUCAGGAAAUUUAUUGGCCUGACGUUUCGGAUUCUCACUCGAAUCCAUCAUCAGAGACAGUCGCAGAUAAGGGUAAUGGUGGCACAAUGAGUGCAAUAUUUAUAGCACGUGGCUGCCGUAGGACUAUGUGCGUACUGUAAUUAACAGCUGUCGCAAUCGCCGCUGGGGUCGUAAUCGAUGCGAUGGUGGCUUGUCAGUCCGCGUCCGAGUCGUUAAUUGCCGCGAUUUCGUCAUCCCUGCUGGAUGCUGGUGUGACGAUUGCUCGGCAAAUUGGCUUACUGUCACUGGGAUUAUUGCUCGCUCGCGCCCUUCCCAUGCGACUGAUUCUCCUGCCUAGAUAAAAUCUCAUCACGGAAUACGGUAACUGGAGGUCAUUGCGCUUGUUGAUGGAUUGCGGGCCUGAGAACCAUGGCUUGAGCAGUGCGCGGCUCACGCGGUUGUCACCCCUUGUGAGGAUUUUGGCCUCUUGAAACUUGAAAAUAUGGCCGGGUCCCGUCGAAUGAGCCGCCACCUGAAAGCUAGCGUCUCCCCACGUCACUGCUGCUGCGUGCUCGGCAAUUCGCGUACGUAGUAAUCGCCCAGUUUCUCCGACGUAGUUGCUUUGUCCGCAACUGCACCAGAUCUGGUAAACGACUCCUGACAUUUCCUGCCGUGGAAGUGGGUCUUUCGGCCUCAUGACUUGGCGCCUGAUGGUUGUUUCCCGCCUGUUUGCAACUCCAACUCCAAGUGGAGUCAGAAGACGACUGACGGCUUCCGAGUAGCUCUUCACGUCACCAGGGACCAUAUCCAACCGGCCCCAAAUUUCGGCGGGCUCUUCCGCAAUUCAGAUGCACAUCAAACCGGCACUGCGCCAAAGGCGGCACUCUGUUUGUGAUUGGUAGAAGGAAGCAACGUGCCUAUACCUGGCACACGGCUACAUCGUAAGCUCCAUCCACUGCGUUCUCACAUCGCAGUCACAGACACCGUACCAGUGGGCGACUGGACGUGGAAGUUGUCUGAGCGAUUGGUUGUGGUAGUUGGAGAGAACGCUGGAGAUUGUCGUACGUCCUAAUGACGUGACUGUCGCAGCGUCUCUGUAGGCAUUCAAGCAAAUCGAACCGGAACCAGGAAAAUGGCGGCUUGCUUGCUACCGCUGCCCUGGGGUUCGGUUUUUGGGCCAAAGCGCUGGAAGGGACGAUCUUGUUAAAACAAUCUGAGCCGCCGUUGGGGACCUGUCUGUACUCGAAAUCCUCAAGAAACCACAUGAACAGCUUUUCGAUUCGAGUAUUGCGAUCGACACAUACGGUGCCUGACGCGAUCCAGCGGUGCAGGCGAAUAAUAUGCGGUCAGGACUGCUCUAUCGAAAACGGACUUUUGGUAUUGGAUGCUGGAAUGUACGAGUGUUCCUGGACCUUGUUACUCAGAGACUGACGGCGUGCAAUCUUUGUCAGUGCAGGCGAAUCGGGACAUCGUGUUGAUUUUUGUCGGAAAUAUGUGCAAAACAAUUGGUCGAAGUCCUCCAGUCCUGUGUGAUUGUGUGUGUUCAAAUGGCCGCGAAAGCGGCUGCACUGGCUUUGAGGGCAAUUUGCCGCGCCUGCCAGUUACUUGCAGGCCUCCAGGUUCUCCUUUUACCGCCGUUUUUGCCGAUUAUACCUACGAGUACCCCUAUCGACGUUAGCAUGGGAGAGUCGCCUAUGCGGGCCUUUAUAACGGACCCUUCAUCUGAUGACCGUAUGACGGCAUUAGCCGAACACAGCAGUUGUUUCCCGGUCAAGGAUCAGGUUUCCCACCGUCUAGUUUUCAUUCUUUUAGUGCAUUUUAGCUCGUGCCUUUUGGUGCAUCCGGGAUGAAAGUCAGUGUUUAUUUCAGUAGUGAUGUCUCCGGCGAGGUUUUUGACGAGCUGUAUAGGCGGAUGUUGCGUAGUUUCCCCGUUGGUCUGCUUCGAAAGGAUUACUGCUUGCAGCAUGUUAUUACCGACAAACACAAGGGAGACUGGAGUGACCAUUUCUAGCCUAUUAGCCGUCGUCGGCCAACUCAGCCCUGAAGUGUGGAAUACCCGAGGCUCGAACUCGCGACCUGUUGGUUAGAAGUCCACGCCUCUAACCACUGGGCCACGAGCGCGUUGUCCCAUCGGUUUUCGAUCAGGAAUAAACAAUGGUAGGGGGCGCUCACCGAUCAUUCAUACGGAACUCACUCGUUCCGUUGUGCCUUAAGGGCUCUCUCUCUCGAGUCCAACCAGCAGCCGCACAGCGGCGCAUGAUAUAUAGGCAGAAUGGCAUUACCGACAAAGAAAAGGGAGAUUGGAAUAGCCAUUUCUGGCUUAUUAGCCGUCGUCAGCCGCUGGCAGCUAACAGGGUGCCUAUAUCAUGCGCCGCUGUGCGGCUGCUGGUUGGGAACGAGAGAGAGCCCGUAAGGCAUAACGGAACGAGUGAGUUCCGUAAGAACGAUCGGUGAGCGUCCCCUACCAUUGAUUACUGCUUGAUCAGUGAUUACUCCUCACCUUACUUGAUAUGAGCCCGUCUAGGAGGCUUAUACUAGUUAUUUUCAGCCUACCGGUUGUAACAUAGGCUUCCAGGCUGUUUUACAAGUGAGCCGAAAUCCUCGUGGUUGCGCCAUGUAGACGCAAAGAUCGCCGUAGCGUGUUCCGGUCGCCCACUUAGUGCCUGUGCUUUACUUACGGUAGUGGUUUUUGAAGCCAGAGAUUGCACUAGUGAAUUUAGUGUUUUACGACAACGCACGAUUACAUGUUGCCAGGAUGACACUACGGAAACUCACUGACUUGGUACAGGAGACUUUACCACAUUUUCUAUAUUUUCCCGAUUUUUCACCCACUGACAAUUAAUUCUAAAGCAGGCAUUGACAGCAGAAUUUAUUGGAACCGAUAAAUUUUGCGACGGCUUAUCAACUGCAGCCUGACCUUGAAUAACACAAGUAAUAUGGGAGAAAGAUAAGGAGGUUUGAACUUCCACAGAGAAAAUCAAUAUAAAAAGCAAGGUCAUCGUAUACUGUGCGUAGACUAAUUAAUAAAAUGAUAACUUGCAAACGCAACAUAGGAGAGAAACGGGGGAGUUUAAACGCCGAGGGAUUUCGCAAAUCAAAAGGGCUCACAUCUACCAGGGCAAGCUGAGGUUUACCACGUGCCUCCAAGUAGCGUAGUAACCGAGUUGUUCGUGUUCGAUUACGCCCUACUUCCUAUAGUCUGUUCCAAUUAUCAGCUUGAAACCAGUCGGCAGUCACGUCAGCGUGUCGUUGUGCACAACACGUCGAUUUGCUCGUCAGUAUGACUAAUAAACGGUGUAGUUGUGGAGUUGAUAAUCUAGUUAAGUGUGAUGUCUAGACUAAGGAGCGUCUCUGUUAUGUCAAUGUGCAUUUGACAAAUUUUCAUCUUCUGAUAAGUCAACACUAAACUAUUAUGAACAAAGCUGUUUCUUACAAACGACUUUCUAGACGGCGACGGAUUGAAGCGGCUAUUUCAGCCAAAAUGUCUGUUCAGCAUGCAUGAAUAAACGUUCGAAAAAUAGACUACAUCAAGUGAGAACACGAAAGUGUUCCUCAGAAACUCCCAAAAUUAGGCUGAUUUUUUGGAGAAUGUCGAUCAGGUAUAUGCGGCUAUUGUUGUGUGCAAUCUCUAGAUGAAAUUAAAAGUUGCAGGUUUGCAACUCGGGCAACAAAUGGCAAUUAAGUAUUUUACCGGAUCUUUAAAUGCACAAGAAUAUGCAUAAAUGAUGUUGGUGUAGUGGAGGUCACUAAUAUUCUGCCAUUUUUUGCGACAACGUUUAGCCUCAGCUUAUGGAUUAAGUCGUCUGUCAGUAAAAUAACACAUCAAACCAAUACCUUAUGUAGGGGAGUCUUGAAAUGCUUUCAAAUUACGCUUGGAUAUGCCACGGAUGUUAACACAAGUUUCUGGAAAAUCAAAAUUUGCCAGCUAAUCAUGUUUGGGUCGGCGAGUUGUCCCAAAAAAUCUUGGGGUUCCGUUAUUUUCCCUGUUCUGUUGCUGCUGAACAAUUUGAAUUUAUUUGUCAGACAGAAAACGCCUGACAAGAGCCUGAAAACCCGAUCUUCAAACAGUUUAAUGAUCCAUGCAAAAGCCAAAUUUUCCAUCUAUCUUAAAAAGGUGCAGUGGCGUCUCAAAAGGCGCGCCGGUCUGGUAUAACGUAGAAGGCAUUCUGUGCUGUCUAAUCCAACCACGAUUUUUUGAAAAGAGCGCAUGAUUUAACUAUAGUCUCACAACCUAAAUUCUUACACCCCGAAGACACGUACUUAAAAUUGUGAAUGACCAGGUCUGAAUCGCAGCAGAGUUUGAAAUACCGAUAGUGCCAAAAACGUAUUCCUGUUGUAUUUCAUACUGUCGGUACAAUUUUUCAUUCAGGAAUUCAGCUAUAUGAUGGAAACGAUCAAAGUACGACACAAAGUCCUUACACGUUUACACAAGCGACAACUUCAAGUAUUGAAUUAGCCAAAGGGCUGUUAACUGACUUAGUUGAAGCAAUAUUUCCCCGGAAUGAAUUUAAAGGAAGCAAGGACAGCAGAAUUUAACGGUACCAGAAAAGUUCGUGACGGCCUCUCAACUGCAGCCUGUCGUUGCAUAACCGAAAUAGCAAGUGAGAAAGUUACAGGCGUUUGAAUUUUGACAGAGAAAAUCAAUGUAAAACAGCAAGGUCAACGUAUACUGCACGUAGACUAGUCAAUAAAAUGAUAACUUCAAAAUGAAACGUAGGAAUGAAAAUGGGGAAGUAAACAUGCCGAGGGAUUUCGAAAAUCAAAAGGGCUCAGGUCUACCAGGGCAAGUUUCACCACGUGGUCUAACUGUUUACAUAGGUCGAGUUUCUCCCGCCGUAUAUAGGCUGCCUCCAGGUAGCGCAAUAACCGAGUAGUUCUUGCUCGAACUAAUACUCGAAAAGAUGUUUUGGGUCAACCGAAUGACCGCUAUCGAGGAGGUGUUUUGCAAUAGAAGACCGUGGAAUAAUAUUCUCUUGCUCUAGAAGCCAUUUAGGCAGGUGCUCAACUGACCUGACUGCCUUUGCGUUCGCCCAACCUACUUGCAUCCACAAGUUCAUGCGAAUUCGUAAACACAAGCUGACGUUGCGUGCAAUGACAGGGCAUCCCUCGCCCGUGGAACUUGGAUAGCCUUAGUGGGGCUGCAGAAUAGGAGUUCAGCUGCGUUGUAUGUUCUUUCACUGGUGCAUCAGAAUCGUCGCUUGAUGGUAUUUGAGAUGCUGUUACCCUUUAAGGGUAAAGAUAUUAGAACGGGUUUUUUUCGGACCGGAUUUCUCCGUCAAUUUUGGCCGUAAAGUGUUGCUGCACUUUUCGGUGAACCGUGUUAGAUGUCCCCGAUUAGGCAGGGCCGUUUUGAGGCAAGAAAUUUCGGCCGCGUUUCAAUAGAGCAAUUGUUUCUUGCUCUUUGGAAUAGAGUGUAAACCAAAUUUCACUUUCGUUGUAUCGGCACACAGCUCAAGAAGUGUGAGUAUUGUCCCUUCCAUGUAUCCUUAUGGAAAACCGAUCGCCUUAUUGAACCAUCUUCCUGUCUAGUCAUGAGGACAUCCAGGAAGGAUAGUUUGUUACGUUGCUCCUUUUCCAUUGUGAAUCUGAUCUUAGGAUGGAGACUAUUCUCAGCAUCAAUGACGGUUGAUUUUUAUCUCAUUCAAGUCAGCGAUGCAUAUAUGUUCAAGGAUCAUACUUGGAGUAAUUUUAACAUACAUAUUGUUACUUUUUUUAUCCAGAUUAAGUGUUUGUUUUUGAAAUCGGCCGAUAUAUUCCGAGCAACAUUAUACUUUGGGCCUCUUUCUAGAGUUCACUGGGAUUAUGUUUCAGGAAGGUAACUUUGCAUAGACCUACUUUCUCACUUUUCCCCUUGCAUUUUUAGCCGAAAAAUCUCGGAAGUCCAAACGGGAGUUGAAACGCGAGGUAAUUUGCCAUGUUAUUGAUUUCAUUGCAUGCCGUUCUAGGAAAAAAUUACAACGUUAUCUCUCUUUGUGUAUAUUUCGUGGCCACCUAUGUGUCAUGUCUGUCCGUUUUAUGGUAGUUUCGGAAGUUUUCAGCAAGGCUAGUCAGGGCUGUCAGUGUGUUUUAAAAUAGGGCACGUGGGGAGAACUGUUUCCGGGUCUCAGUCUCAAGUUCUCGUCGUUUCUCAUUGACCUCCUCUGUUCGGACAUUUUACAGAAGUAGACCAUGUCGGCCGCUAGUGUUUAGUACUCUUCUGGAAUUAUCAAUCGAUUCGGGGAUAAUUGAGCAAAGUCGGCAGGAUGUCCUUUUUGCCAUCGUAUCAUUGCCGCCAACAACAUUACUGUAGAGUAGUCCUCGCGGUGGUCAGUAACUUCAUGUCCUCAAGGUGUGUCCUCCCUCUCGAAGGUGGAUCUGCUCAAGCUUUGCAGAUAUGCUGAACUGGUUAGGUUAUUCCGGUGCCUAGGUAGCCAGCUUCCUCUGAAUAACAGUUGCGAUGGAAGUAUUGAGGUUUCCGACUUAGCUCUUCGUCGCAGAACUGGGCCGUCACUGCUGUUGCUUUGGACGUCCUCUGCCGGCUUUUGGGACUUUCUCCGCGGUUCCGUAUGAAGAAUGUUAUCCUGUGGAAUACCCGACUGCUUCCAAAGAUCCCGCCUGCUAUCAGCUUCUAGUUUGUGCUGUUUCUUGCUUUGGCAUUAUCAAAUUUGAUUCGGAACUCUGUGCACACUAAUUUUUCAUACCGUUCCUAUCUGACUUAUUUUGGCCUUCUGUCAUAUUUUUUCCUAUUUAGCGCAAGGCAAAAGCAAAGCUGGCGAGACCGAAACGGAAGAAUAAGUACAGCAAGUUCAAGGGUCAAUGCCGUAGUGACUCCGAUUUCGACGAUAUUGUUGACGUGGUGGAUUCACCUCUACAGGACGAAGCCGACGAUAUCAAGGUGGAGGAUGUACACCUUUCCCCUGAGGCUGAAGUAACAGCACCGGUGGUUUCGGCGGAAAGCUCAGCAGAUGAUGCUGUGGUGACUACUGCCAAUCUUCCACCGUCAGGAAAAAAACCCCUGUUUAGGAAUGACGAAGAAGGGGCGACUACGACAGGACUGACGACCUCUCAGCCGGGGCAAGCGGAGUUGUUAAAUAAGGAUAGCGAGGCUGUAAGACGUCGCAUAGAGCUGUUGGCUGAUGCACAAAACGACAUCACUGUCGAGGAAUCGGAUGUGCCUGAAUUCAGGUCUGCGCAAAGUAAUCCAGCCUCCCCCGUCGUUCCCGAAGGUUUGUUAUUUAUUUUUCGUAUUAAUGCCUACCCUACGAUAUUUACAUUUUGAUGCUAAAAUCCUCCGUUUUUGUUUUCGCUUCAUGCGGUUUUUGUCAUCCUUCUUCCACAGAAAUGGAGUCAUCUUUCAUUGUUCUGAGCUCUUCGUCACCAGAGAGGAAAGGAGAUGGAAACGAUGGUGAGAGUAGGUAGACUAUUAACUCUUGUUUUUUAUUGGAAAUCUAAUUUAUUUUCCUAAGAAAUAAAUCUGAUUCAUUUUUUGCGACGUGUUCCUUACUCCUUGUAUUGUCUAACCACUGCCUACCUCCAUUUUCAUGUCAUAAGUUGCCCUCUUACUCGCAUUGAAUUACCUGCGGAUCUGUUUUCUUUCCAGCGAAAUGGUAGUCGCCAGCUUACUAAAAUUUUGAACUCUGUCCUAGGAAGUGUUGCAUUUUGAUAUAGCAUUUUUCAAGCAGGCUAAGUGUAGGAUAUGUUAAAAUCAAGCACAUACCCGUCCAAAUGUCUGAGUGCAUUGUCGGGUAGAUCUAUACUUGCAUAUCCGACCUUGGGGCCAGCCGCUACAUCGUUCGACCUGUUAAUCGGGUUUUCCCCUUCACUCCUUCUGUGGCUGUCUCCCGGAGACUGGGCCUAAGCGUCUACGCUACCUAAAUUAAUAGUUACGUUUGAAGGAGAGUAUGUUGGAGUCUUGGCUUGGGCCUUCUCCUCAUCGUCCAAAAGACUUCUUUGCUCAUGUGCGCACGCCGAAGUGAUUUUUACACUUAAUAAAGUGUGGCUACUUUUUACAAGCCAGUAACCACAAUUAUGUCCGCGUACUUCUCGUUUGGAUAGCCAGUCCAGAUGGCGCCGUAAUGUGACGGUUGUAGCGUUAGUGAGCAUAGCGCACUUCCGUAAAUAAAUUCACAUCUGAUGAGCCUGUUACCUUUCACUCGGGCAUAUUUUGGCCACCUGCAUAAAUACCCUUCAUUUUUAAGAAGUCACUUUAUCAAACCCGUGUGCUUUCAAGUGUGUCUUCAAUUGUGUUUGUCUGGAAAACGCUCAAACGUGCUGUAUAUACGAGUGGGCCAGUGAUGAUGUUCGUUUCUGAUCUUUGUUGCGGUCUCACCCGAGCAAUCUUGGUUACUUCAAGGCAUUUUCUUCUGUGUUAUUCUAUGUUCAUUUGUUGCACCUUCGCCUGUUUUUUGUGCAGUGAUUUGCAUCGUUCCAUCGUUCCCCACUCCUCCUACUGCCCUUUAUUAUCAUUGGGGGUUGUUCUCUCUUAAUUCGCGGACAAAGACAUCGGAAGUAUCAUUGGACGUAUUAACGUCUUAUCUUUUACUUUUUGCCACAUCACUGAUCCCAUUAUCCCUCAUACUACGGUAUACGAUGACUGCUAAGACAAGCUGCAAGACAAAACGCGAUCCCUCCAAGUUCGCCCUCCUAGCCGAAGGCCACUCAUACGCGGCUCGUUGUCGUUGGGUUUGUAGGCGCGCGAGGACAGCGUUGCGGGCUACUUCGAUGUGACUUUUGUCGGCAGCGUCGUUCAUACCCUAGGCCGAAUGGGAUCCACAUGAAAGUUCGACUCUUGUGACAGACGAUGUCCACUGUGUGCCCCACAAAGGGGUGAGAGCAGGCACGGCGCCUGUUUUUUGGUGAUAGUGGACUUCCGCAGCAUCUAUUGCACUCUUUCCUCCUCGGCCACCUGGGUCUAGAGUGAAGACAGAGUCAAGAAGACCGAAGGUGGGGGAGGGCACAGGUUGUGACUGCCACGGCCGGAUCCGCACCUAGGCGUACCACCAUACCUGCUGCGGGGAGUGGCCGCAGUUACGGACAGAGCUGGAGAGCUUGCUUGCGCGCGCCAUAUGGUCUCCACACCAGGAUUUCACGCGCAGGGAGAUAGAACCCUCCGAUCUCAUAUGCAGCAGAGGGGCUGUGGCGUCCAGCCAACAUGACCGGUCCGGCGUCAUUGUUCAAGACCUUGCUGCCUCAAUGUCAUUCACCCCGUGCAGCGAGUCGUUCCAGACGCGCUGACCUGAAGCCGCUCGACCGACUUCAGCUCGAGCACAGUUGCGUCCACACAGCGUCGCGGCUACCCAUGCCCCACUUGAACGCGCCAUCCCCUGCAACCAGCAAAACAAGCCACCACCCCUCGACAAAUGCAACUGGUCACCACUUGAGCUUGACCCACGAGCCUACAAAAGCGGCUGCCACCACUAUCUGAAUGACUCUCAGGCAUGACUGGACGCAGUCAACUUCAGCCCUGGCUUCGCCAGUGGCCACUGCCGCCUGAGAGGACCACUCCGGGUUCUUUACACAAUAAACCCCUCAUUCAGGUUCCAUCUAUCUCUCUCCUUCCAAUCUAGGAUUUGCCCUGAUUAUGGUAGCGCCCAGACUGCACACACUCACACUGCUGUGCCGCUACAGGGCCAUACGGAGAAAGGAGCCGAAAAGCAUACUUCUCACUAACGUGAGAGCUGCCGGUGUUGUGCGAUUUUUGAGGGGUGUGCGCGCGCUGCAUGCGUUGAUGUGACCCUGUCGGCUGUGAUUUACCGCAGGCUUUCGUGAAUGUACAAGUGCUGGGAUGUACGAGGACAAUAUAUAUAUGCAGUUGAGGCGAUGACGUCUGGCGUAUGUUGGUGCCCCAGGCACUGAUUCGCCAGGCUCCGUACGAUGGACUCCCAGGUGACCGAUGCGUGAGGUGAAUGUGCGGCGACAGUGUGGGCAUAACAGGUCGGGAGCUACAGAGUUGGUUUCGAUGGUGGCGGUGGUGGUGCUGCUGCCGUUGCUAGUGUUGAGUGCUCUGAGCAAAGGGGGAAUUAUUAUGCUGGGGAGUGGUGGAUGCGUAAGGUGUGCCAGGUGUAUCGAUACUGCCGUGCGCUCCGCAUGAGACCGUGCGGUCGGUGAAUGUGCGUGGGCAGUUGAGGUGGAUGCGACGAGUGUAUGUUGAUGCGGGGUCCACUUACUGGUCACUUGGCAGCAAGUCGCCCCUGGGAACGGUCAACGUAGGGUGCUCACUUGCGGGGGGUGGUCUGGACGUGUGAAAAGUUAGUGGGCAAGUGAGGGAAAGAUCAGCCGAUCCACGCAACUGUUGCGACCAAUGAUGUCUACCGCUGCCUUACGAGGAUGACCAAUCAUUGGUGACCUACACGUGAAUUAGCCCAUAGUUGGGCUAGCUAUAGCAACAUCUAUCGUGCUCUGCCUCAUUCAGCUUACUCUGCCGACAAGACAAUGUGAGGAUGCAGAAACUCUCGUUGACAGAACUAAGCGGCUCAUAUACGCUGACCGCUCAGAUCUCACGUAGGCGAAAUCACGCAACCUUUGCUUUUGGACUCUCCCUUCCCACGUACUGGCCUCUCUUAUUGGUCGAUAACUUUUAAGCAUCUGCAGCCUGUUUGUAUUUGCAAUCGACGGACGUCGCUCCACUUUCAACCUUGUUGUUUUCUGCCUUCACACUUCAUUCUUCCUCAGGCGGAGACCUCGCCGACAGUGGUGAUAAUCUGGCGGACGACGAAGAUGAGGGUCUCUCGGACUGUCAUCAGUACGGCGGUGGCGCUGAUCAAGAUGAGGAAUCCGCUGAGGUCUGCCAACUUGCUGCCAGUUUUGCCGACGUUCGCCUGGAUGCGGCCACAGGCAUCUCCUCCUCCCUCUCCGAGGAGGCUCAGGCCAAAAGCAUUGCCCAACGUGCCCUCAGUCAGAGUUCGUCGUCUGCAUCGUCGCUUACCGAUCUGGAACGCUGUCUGGCCCGCUACACAGCCUCUGAGGCGCUUUCUGACAGUAACCGGAUCGUCUGUGAGACCUGUACCCGCAGGCAGCAGCAUUCGGGCACAUCUAAGAAGACGCCCGUGCUUUGCAGGGCCAUCAAGAAGGACAUUAUUAUUCUUCCACCGGCUGUCCUCACUAUUCACCUGAAGCGCUUCCAGCAGGUGGGCAUAUUUAUUCUAGUUUCUUAGAUUUAAUUCUGGGUCAGAUCUUAUUUCGUAGCCAUACCUGCAGUUGACAAGCCCCAGUCUAUUCCCUAACAGGUACGGCUACGAAAUAGGAUCUUGCCUUUGAUGGCCAUCCAGGCCAUCAGAGGUGGUCUGUUCUUGCUCGUUUUUCUCGCAUGACAUUCUGGGAGUUGAUGUCCUCCCCCCUUCGUUUUGCCCACCCGUGAGCCGAUUUUAUGUGGCCUGUUGGGUUAGGGUUAUGCCUUUGGGCUUAGGUUUUCGGGUUACGGUUAGGGUUUGAGCGUACAAAUAGGUUUCAGUAUUACGGUUAGUUUUUUCAGUUACGGCUAUGUCUAAGGGCUACGGUUACGUUUACGAUUUUGGAUAGGUUUACGGUUGGGGUUGCCAUUAGGGUUAACGUUUAAGGUUCAGGUUAGGGUUAAGGUAAGGAUUAGGGUUAAGAUCGCCGCCCGCUUCCCCAUUCCUGGCUACCAACUGCGAUCUAGCCGGCCUGUCUAUUUCCAUGCACGGUUCGACCAUUAUUAAGCCAUCACGGAGUUAUCUUACUGAUAUUAAAAGUACAGUGAGUGCUCGAUUUCAUGAAAUGUUAAUCGAAAUUCUAAAGUGCGUUCCCCAUUACCAAGGGUUACUUAGGUGCGGUUCUAAUACUGAUUUUCUUGCGGCAUAAUCCUAUAAUAUUUGGGACUCGGCGAGAUGUCAACUUUUGAAUACACGGAUUUUUAUCACUAGAAACCGUUCUCGGUAAAAAGCGACUACUUAAGUAGCAUGCAUUGUUCCCAUUGAUUUUCAAUGGCCUUGUAAAUUCAAAUGUAUUUUGUAGAAAUUACGAAGAAAAACAUGCAUUCUUUCAGUCCUUUGAUAGGGGGUCAUCUUCUCUUUUUAUUUAAUACUCGAAAAAGAAGUGGAAUUAAGUUUUUAAACAGUUUUCUAAUUGCCAAAUAAUUUGAAGCCUGAUCAGUCGUUGCCUCAGCGCUUAGAGAUUUCCGUCUAUAAGGUGCAUGUGUUCCGCGUAAAGAAAAUCACACACUUUUCUAUGUCAUUAAAAAGAUAUCAUACAGAGUCCAUAAAAGUUUGCCAUGAAUGCGGACUAUGUUGUACAUGUCAUGAGGAGCUGGGGUAAACGGCCAGGCCCGAUGCUAUAUGAAUGGGCAUUGCGAGCUCUUAAAAAAUCUCAUAAUAAGAAACUUCUUUAAAACCUAACUAUACUCCUUCCUUGGGCAUGAAAUAUAAAGAAGACGUGGUUCUCUAUCAAACGACUGAGGGAAAGCAUAUUUUUGUUUAGGCUGUCUAUAAGAUAUAUUUGACUUUGCAAAUCCCUCAAAAAUCAACGGGACAGAUGCAUGCUACUUAAGUAGUCACUUUUUUACCCAGCGCGGUUCCUACAGGAGAUUGGGAAGCGGUGUAUUCCAAAGCUGACAUCCUGCCGAGUCUGAAAUGCUAUAGGAUUAUGCCGCAAGAUAAUCAGUAUUACCACCGCGCCUAAGUAAUCCUUCCAAAUCGGGCACGCAUUUUGGAAUUUUAGCCAACAUUUCAUGAGCGCUAACUCACUGUACUUGCUAACGACUCACGCAGCAGCCUUUCCACUGCUAAUUUCCGCAUCCGUGUUAAGUCAUCUGCAGGCACAGAAAGCUGUCUCGCCAUGUCUCCUGAACAGCGUGGCAGAGAAAAGUCAUAACAUAUCACAGCCGCUUCCUGCAUCUGGCACUUGAGCCUCUACCCGUAACGUGCUUCGCAUUCAUUGUCUUAUCCAGCGUUAUUAUCUACAGUAAGUAGUCGAAGUACCCACAAUUUCUAUGAGAUCAUGACCUGUUACAUCUGUGCUUGCUGAUGUCGGCAGUUUACUCUGUUCGUAGUUCAUUAGUUCUCGUGCCUUUCAUCCUCAACUCCCCCUUACUGUCUUCAAGGGAUGAUGCGCCUAAACAACUAAAUACAGUAGGUUUUGCUAGUACGCAUUUCUAAGGUUGAUGGGGGGGAGUGGGGUUACGAUGAGGAUUUCUAAUCACGCUUGUUUUCUGCAACAUGCAAACCCCAUGGCCAUGUUUUCCCGCAGCCGUUUUUUGGUUUUUCAGGUGUCAUACCGACUGCAAAAGAGUUCCAAAAAGGUCUCAUUCCCCGUCCGGUUGGAUCUCAGUCCUUACUGUUCUCGCCUCUCAUGGGUAAGGUCUUUUCUAUAACCCUUCUAUUACUGAUGAAAUUAGUUCUGGUAGUUAAAUGACCAUGUCCUCCCUCCUUUGAGUCAGAAUCUUCAUAACGGACACGCCAUCUACCGUCUUUUUGGCGUUGUGGAACACUGUGGAAGCAUGCGCGGCGGUCACUAUGUCUCCUACAUUGCUGUGGACUCCCCACCCAUGGACUCCUCCUCUGGCACGACGGAAGUCCUCCAUCCCCGACCCGACUUCCUUUCGCCGCUGGAGAAGCCGGCCACGUGGCCGUUAAAUAACCAACACCUGGUGGGCCAACUGCGUCGUUGCGACCGCAGCUGCUUACUGGACAAGGACACAGCGCAGAACAUUGCCUCCUGCGACGAUGAUGGUUUUUACUCCAUGCAAGAUUCUAGCCCAAAGUCAGCUGCCUCUUCAAAGUCUUUUGUCGACGCGGCCGGCGCUCGUGUUGACGAUCUGGUCACCUCCUCCUCCUCUGCCAGCUCCGGAUCGGACUCCGAUCACAAUCCUGCCGGUUGCCAGUGGUACCACUGCAGUGACACUCAUGUCGCUCCCGUUUCCCUCUCCACUGUCCUAUCAUGUCAGCCAUACAUUCUCUUCUAUGAGCGAAUCUAA